GGACCCAUUACAAGCCCAAACCCAUAGGCGUCGAAUCGACGGGAGGAACUCAGCUGACAUCGCUUUCGAGAAUCCGGAGAGAAGAGAAAUAGAAAAAAAUGGCGGGCAGGGCUCAAGCGCUGGGGGCGUACAGAUCGCUGCUGAAGGCGACGAGGAAAUCGUUCGCCGGAGACACACUCAUGCUGUCGGAAUCAGCGGCGGAGAUUCGCCGGCGGAGGUUCGAGGACAACCGGAGCGUGGCGUCGGAGGCGGAGAUCAAACGCCUCCUCGACGAGGCGAAGGAGGCCUCUCACUUCAUCACUCACAUGAUCGUCCAGGCUAAGCUCGGCGAUCAUGGAGGCUACGUUGUGAAGCCUGGUAAGGAACAUGCUGGUGGAACACUAGAAAUUCCUUCGGAACAGAGUCUGCAUAAGUCAAUAAAAGAAAUUUAAGCUAUCAAAAAGACAAGAGUAACUUUCGGCCACUGUUUCCAAUUGUACUUCAAGAAGGACGGGUGUGGAUCAUUUCCUUCAUUUGCAAGUGAUAAACUAGACAAUAUUCGAGAAGUCUGUGGUAUCUGCUUCUUAUAUUCCGAUGGAAGUUAGCGGAUUGCUAAAUGUUGUUUUAUUGGGCCAGUGAUUUCUUUGGUUAUAUUUCAGGUGGAUGUACUAGAUAUUUUUUUAUGUAGUUUUGGAAAAUAAUAUCUGCAGAUUAUCUGGUAGACUGGAAUUGUGUUGCAUUUUUGACAAAUAGAAAUGAGAUGUGCUAAGCUAUGAUGGUGUGGUUCAGAUGACAUGCUGAUAUUGCUUGUACAAUUGUUUUGCAUUCUUGGCAAAUGGAAACGAAAGGUACCACUAUC